CAUACCUCUCGGCUCUGUUCUUUACGCGUCCGGGUUCCGACAAGUCUUGGUCGUCUCCCAAUUUCACUUUCUCCGUCUCCUUUGUUCCAGCGUCUUCCCCUGGUUCCUUUCUUGCCGCUGUUUCUUUCGCUGAAAACGUUCCCAUAUGGUCCGUAGGAAGCGUUGACUCUCGAGGAUCUCUUCGUCUUUUCCCCUCUGGCUCACUCCGCCUUAUCAGUGGCUCCAACACCACCGUCUGGGACUCUGGAACCGAUCGUCUCGGCGUCGUUUCCGCAUCAAUCCAAGAUUCCGGUAACUUUUUACUUCUAAACAACCGAAGCAUCCCUGUCUGGUCUUCCUUCGAUCACCCGACAGACACGAUCGUCCAGUCGCAGAAUCUCACCGCCGGUAAGGUUCUCCGAUCUGGUGAUUACUCGUUUCAGUUAGAGAGAAACGGGAAUCUCACGCUUAGGUAUAACAAUAGCAUAACUUACUGGAAUCAAGAGCUACCUUCCUCCUUCAGCUCGAACCUAUCUUCCCCUAGCUUAGGUUUACAGACUAACGGAGUUCUUGUGAUCUUUGAUUCAACUCUCCCUCGCGGAGCUGAAGCUGUUUACAGUGAAGAUUACGGUGAAGGUAGCAAUAAGUUUAGGUUCUUGAAGCUAGGCGAUGAUGGGAAUUUGAGAAUCUAUAGUUAUGAUACUAGGAACAAUGGCCCUGUUGCGGUUCAGUGGUCGGCUUUGCCUAACCAGUGUCUUGUUUAUGGAUAUUGUGGAAACUUUGGGAUUUGUAGUUACAAAGGUACCAAUCCAAUUUGCUUGUGUCCGUCUUUAAACUUUGAUCCUGUUGAUGCGAAUGAUAGAAGAAAAGGGUGCAAAAGAAAAGUAGAGCUAAGUGAUUGCUUUGGCAACACAACCAUGCUUGAUUUGGAUCACACUAGUUUGAUUAAAAACCUAGAUGACCCAAACUCGGAGGUUUUCUUUGUGGGUAGUUCGUCUUGCAGGUCGAAUUGUCUUGUUGGCAGUUCUUGUCUUGCGUCUGUCUCUAUGUCUGAUGGGUCCGGAAAUUGUUUGCUGAAAGGACCGGGUUCCUUCUUCACCGGGUACCAGGGCUCGUUGGUUUCAAGUACUACUUAUGUUAAAGUGUGUGGUCCAGUGUUGCUUAAUGCGCCUUUGAUUGAAACAGAAGGCAACGAUAGUAACUCGAUGUGGAAGUUAAAACUCAUACUUGGAGUGUCAGCAGCUUCGAUUGUGAUUAUCAUUAUUAUGGUCGUGGUGAUUGUGAGAGCAAAGAAUGCGAGAAAAAAUUAUUGGAAUGACGAAAACAUUGAAGAAGUUGUGAUGUUGAAACGAUAUAGUUACGCAAGAGUCAAGAAGAUGACAAACUCAUUUGCACAUGUUCUCGGGAAAGGAGGAUUUGGAACUGUCUAUAAAGGGAAGUUACCCGAAGGAAACCAAGAUGUUGCAGUGAAGAUCUUGAAGGAGUCAAAGGGGAACGGAGAAGAGUUCAUCAAUGAAGUGGCUAGCAUGAGUAGAACAUCUCAUGUUAAUAUUGUUUCUCUUGUUGGAUUCUGUUAUGAAGGUAACAAGAGAGCUAUAAUCUACGAGUUCAUGCCAAAUGGAUCCCUCGACAGGUUUAUUUCCGAGAAUAUGUCAACAAAGAUGGACUGGGAAAAGUUAUAUGACAUUGCGUUAGGUGUCUCUCGUGGCCUAGAGUAUUUACACAAUCGUUGUGUAUCAAGGAUUGUUCAUUUUGACAUAAAGCCGCAAAACAUACUUAUGGACAAAGAUCUUUGUCCCAAGAUUUCAGAUUUCGGUCUUGCUAAGCUCUGCAAAAAUAAAGAGAGCAUCAUGUCAAUGCUAGAUGCAAGAGGAACCUUUGGAUACAUUGCUCCUGAAGUGUUUUCAAAGAAUUUUGGAGCAGUUUCACAUAAGUCAGAUGUCUAUAGUUAUGGGAUGGUGGUUCUGGAGAUGAUUGGAGCAAGGAAUACAGAAAAAGUUGAAAAUUCUGGAUCCAACAACAGUUCAGUGUACUUUCCAGAUUGGAUCUAUAAGGAUUUUGAGAGGGGAGAAAUAAUGAGGAUUUUUGGAGAUCAGAUAACCGACGAAGAAGAGAAAAUUGCAAAGAAACUGGUGUUGGUUGGUCUAUGGUGUAUUCAGACCAAUCCAUAUCAUCGUCCAGCAAUGGUAAAAGUCAUUGAAAUGAUAGAGGGGAGUAUAGAGGCUAUCCAGGUUCCACCUAAACCAUUAUGGUGUUUACCCACAUUUAGAGUUCCAGAAAGUGUUGAAGAUAAUAAUGAGACUUCAAACUUCAAGCUUCUCUAGCCCAAGUCGGGUUGGAAGAGGUACUCUCUAUGGUGAAGAUACUUUAUGCUUUUCAAAAGAAGAGAGUGGAUCUCUUACAAUUUGUUGAGGUCUUGAGGUAUUCUUGUAGGUUGUUCUUAUAAUAUUUCUGAUUUAAUAAAUGCUGAUUCUAUGCUUAUGAGACGAUGUUUUUUUAAACUAUUUCUAUUGUUUUUUCGGAAAGGAUACAAGAUACUUUGGAAGAAAGCAACAUGAAUUUAAAUGACGCAAAAUUAAGCUAGC